AUGGUCGCUGCGAAAGCUCUCAUCAUGGCUGGCUAUGAUGUGAUGACAUCGGGCCCGGGUGAUGCAGAUGCUCUUGCCAAGCACUUUCAGGUGCCUUUUACUCGAAGCCGCCUCAGUACUGGGAAACUAGUGGCCGACCCAGAAAUGCAGAAGGCGUUCGCUGUGAACGACAUGCAAGGCAUGAUGACGGCGCAAGAUCGUAUCAGGGACGAGCUUGUCACACCUGAAACCAGAGCAAGAGAGACUUGCCAUUUUGAUGAACACUUUUUGCCGCAUCAACCCUGUGCUGUUCUUACCAAACACACAAGCUUGGAAAGCCUGGAAAUCCCGCAUGAAGAAGGCCUUCUCUUCAGCUGUGCUUUUGCUGGUUCAGCUCUUUGA